AUAUAUGAUUAAUUUGGAAAAUUUUGAUCAAACAAAAUUCAAAAAUCCCAUUCUUGAUAGGUAUGAUAUCUAGAAUACAAAAGUCCACGAUCAAUAUAGGCUUGCCGUAUUAUUGGAAUUCUUCCUUAAGAGUUAAUUUAGAUAUCUUUAUAAGAAUUAAAACAAAGAAGACCAGAUUUGAAACUGGACAAACAAGAUUGGUAAAAAUUCUGGGAACAUUAAGAAAUAAAAAGAAAUCAUAAAUUGGAAGCUUGUAUUGAGACAAGAUAAUAAAUAAUUCAAGCAGGUGGAAUGUAAGGAAAUGAUUAAGAAGAUUAAAAUUUUAAGGAUUCAAAGAUGUCAGAAUAAUAAAGUAAUGCAAUAGAGAGAGAGAAAAAAGAAUUAGAUAAAAUGAAAUAGCGAUAAUAAAAAGAAAUAGAUUAAAUGUUGGAAUAUGAAAGAAGAAUGUAAGAGAUUAGAGAAAGAAAUGAGGAGAAAUAAAGAAAAUAAUUUGAAAAAUAAAUUAGAAGAGAAUAGGAAUUAUAAGAAAAAAGAAUUUAAUAGGAAUAAGAAAAACAAAUGAGAGAGGAAGAGAAAAAAAGAAAAUAGUAAGAAGAGGAAAAAUAUUAAAAGUAAUUGGCAAAUGAACAUUUUAGAAGGGAAUAAGAAAGAGCUAAAAUAGAAAAUGAAAAAUAAGCUUAUUUAAAAUUUGAAGCUAAAAAGAAGGAAGAGGAAAGAAGAUUAAAAUAAAUGUAAUUCUAAUAAUAGACUUAAUAAAUAUAACAAUAAUACGAAGAAGAAAUGUAAAAGAAAAGAAUUAUUAUGUAACAAAAAGAAGUUGAAAGAAUUCAAACUAUCGAAAUUUAAAGAUAAUAAAGAAUUUAAGAAUCAUAAUAAGCAUAAUAGGAAUUAGCUAUUAAAUUAGUUAAUGCUAAAGUUAAAUAGGAAGAAUAAUUAUCAAAUAUGAAGAAAGUAUUUAUUUGAUUUUAUGAAAAUUUAAUUAGUCAUUUGAUUUGAAAUAAUAAAAAAUUGAAUAGAGAAGAAGAGAAUUUGAAGAAAUGAAAAUGUAAAAAAUGUAUGAAAAUUAAAUGCAAGCUAUGUAACAUUAAGAAAAAAUCAAAGAAGUAAUGGAAAAGAAUUAAAUACAAGAAGAAAAAAAGAAAUAUGAUUAUUAUAGUAAGAUAUAAGAGGUAGAAUAAAGAAAAGAGGAAUUGGAAAGAUUAAAAUAAGAAGAAAUUAUUUAGAGAAAAUAAUAAAUUUAUGAAAAGGAAUUGUAAAGAUAAUAGGUCUUAUAAAAUAAUGAAAAAUAGUUAGAACAAAAGACUAAUGAUUUUCUUAAAAAAUUUUAAGAAAAGGAAUAAUUAAUUUAAGAGGUAAGCAAUAAUUGAAUUAUUUAAGAAAUAAUUUGAAAAAUAAUAAAUAUUGCAUGAGUAAAAAGUUAAAGAACUGCUGAAAGAAUAAGAUAAGAAGGAAACAUUAGAAAGAAUUAUGAGAUUGCAAGAAUAUGAAAAAGAAAUACAAAGAUAAAAAUUACAAGAUAAAAUGAGAAGAGCUGAAAUUUUAUAGAUGGAGAAAAAUUAAAUGUUAGAACAAAGAAUGUUAAUUAAGAAAGAGAUUGGAUUUUAAAAAUAGGAAUUAAUUUAAAAAUUAGAAUUGGUUAAAUUAGGAAAGCUUGAUCCAUCAGCUUUAAAUCCUGAUGGUAAUAGUAUUCGUGGAUCUAAUAGUUUAUAAAAUAGUUACCAUAAUAUUCGGCGUAAAAUAUUAUAUUAUUAUUAAUAGCAUCAACUGCAAAAUAUUCAAAUACUUUAUCAAAUAAAGAUAUAAGAUAAAAUAUUAGACCAAAAUCAUAAUAAUAAAAAGUUUUAACAAAUUCUUCAAAUACUUAAUUUUUUUCAUAAAAUUAAGGUAAAUUUAGUAUGUCUAAGAAACAUGAAAAUUUAGUUGAUUAAUUGAAAGUUAGAUAAAAUUAAGAAAUGAUCGAUGUAACACUUUAUUUAUAAUAUAUUAGGUCCUAGAGGAGGAAUAGUAAUUAGAAUUUGAAAGAGAAUAAGCUAUGGCUAAUGCAAAGAAUCAAGAAGAAUAAAAGAGACUUGAAAAAUUAUUCUAGAUUGAGAGAAAUAAAACUAAUUAAAGGCUUGAUUAAAUUAAAAGGUAAUUAUUUAAAUAAAUAAAAUUAGAGAGCAUUAAAGAUAACUGGAAGAUUUAAAAAUUUAAGGUUGA